AAAGAAAUGUUGAAAGUCGGGCUGAAAUGACAUUCAUAUCUAGGGAGCCCCACUCGGGCUUGGGCUCUCAGACACUCCCGGUCAUCACUGGACACAGGACCCCCUCCACUAGCACACACAGCACAGUACAUCACAACCAAAGGACAGCCAGCAGCAAGGAGCCUACUCAGGGAUACAAGUCUUCAUCACACCUGAAGGAGGUAUCAGGAUCCCUAACCUCAUCCAGCGGACUGAACUUGUCUUUUUCAGAGAAGCAAAACACUGUUGCACUUUGACUCUUUUUUCCCCCACUUAUUUUGUGUUCUUCAUCUGAAUGGACUAUUCUGGGCAAUAGUUUUGCAAAGAAACUGUGAGCAAGAAAGCAAAGUUUUGUUUGGCGACUGAAGAGGAAACUUAAAGGAAAACAAGAAAGGCCCAGGAGAGAGAUCCUUGGCCUCAUCGCUCAAGCAGGACGGCUGAAAAGAGCUUCCAGAACUAUCUGCCUGAAGUGCACGCUCUCCUCCAAAUGAUGGAUGACCACAUGUCCAAGAUAGCCAUGGUGCCAUCCAGCUCUCCAAGGGACUCCCCUAGGAGCAGCAUCACAGACGACAGCCUGCGUGGUAAGAGCCCGGCGCCAGGUAAAAUCCUGAGCACAGGCCUCCUGUGUAAAGUGUGUGCAGACACCAGCAGUGGGAAGCACUACGGCAUCUACGCCUGCAAUGGCUGCAGCGGCUUCUUUAAGCGCAGCGUCAGACGGAAGCUCAUCUACAGGUGCCAGGCGGGUACAGGUAUGUGCCCUGUGGACAAGGCCCACCGCAACCAGUGCCAAGCCUGCCGCCUAAAGAAGUGCCUUCAGGCUGGCAUGAACAAAGAUGCUGUGCAGAACGAGCGUCAGCCGCGCAGCACGGCUCAGGUGCGCCUGGACUCACUGGAUGUGGACUCGGAGAAGGAGCACCUGGCCACCACGCGCGAGCCCACCUCCACCUGCUCGGUCAUCAGCCGGGCACACCUGCCGUCCUCAGGCAUCAGUACCGCCGCCGCGGCCCCACAGCGCUGCCCCAGUCCCCAGAAUGGACACCGCUUCAUGGCCAGCCUCAUGACCGCCGAGACCUGCGCCAAGCUGGAGCCAGAGGAUGUGGAUGAAAACAUUGAUGUGACCAGCAAUGAGCCUGAGAGGAACUCGCCAGACUACAACACCUCGCUAUACCCCUCCAGCAGUCCGGAGAGUGUGUACGAGACCUCCGCCCGUCUGCUCUUCAUGUCCGUCAAGUGGGCCAAGAACCUGCCUGUUUUUUCCCACCUGCCCUUCAGAGACCAGGUGAUUCUUCUGGAGGAGGCGUGGAGCGAGCUGUUCCUGCUGUGCGCCAUCCAGUGGUCCAUGCCACUGGACACCUGUCCCCUGCUCUCCCUGCCGGAUCUGUCCUCCCCCCAGCAGGGCAAGACCAGCCCCUCAGCCUCUGACCUCAGGGUGCUGCAGGAGGUCUUCACCCGCUUCAAGAACCUGGCCGUUGACCCAACCGAGUUUGCCUGCCUCAAGGCCAUCGUCCUCUUCAAACCAGAGACGCGAGGGCUGAAGGACCCAGAGCAGGUGGAGAACCUGCAGGACCAGGCUCAGGUGAUGCUGGGCCAGCACAUCCACACUCUCUACUCCAGCCAGCCAGCCAGGUUUGGGAGACUCCUGCUUCUUCUGCCUGCUCUGCACUUUGUGAGUUCGGAGCGGAUUGAGCUUCUCUUCUUCCACCGCACCAUCGGAAACACGCCCAUGGAGAAACUGCUCUGUGACAUGUUCAAGAACUGAAGAGGACACACACCCAACCUGAGAGAGACACCGCCCACACAGUGGCUUCCUGCUCUCUUUCAUGGACAUCACUACCAACAACCAAGAACAAAAAAAGACAGAGGAAUUCCAAAGAGUCAUUUCAAACAUUUCAACAAGGCAGUGAAUACAAUGUGACAUCUGAAUGUUGGAUUUGUUAAUUUAGUAGUUGAUUUUGUUUACCGUUUUGUGUAAAAAAUGGAGAAACAGCAGUAUUGGCCAAAGCAUUUCUGCUUACUAAAUGCAAAUAUGUAGAGACUGUGAGUAGCUAUUGUGCAGACAAAUGAAUAUAUUUUAUAGAAAAUAAAAAAUAUUACCGUUGGUCUGUUUUCUUCUAAUUUGUCUGUUGUUUAAAAAUGACCAAAUCAGGAUUCAUUCUUGAUGCAAUGAGAUUUGAUACUUUUUGCUAUUGACUAAAUAUAUGCAAAGCAGCAUGCUUAUUCCUUUUCUGUAAAUAUAAAUAAAAGCCUUUAUUGUGCAUUUUAAA